AGCAUGCUGUAGUAUAAAGAGUCAGGGUGUAUAUUUAUGAAUCAUCAGAGAUGGGAGUGGCCCUGUCAGUACAGCACAGCCAACAGCAGCAGUGAMAUUUCUGCGCAGGUCCACGUUUUUCAGUAAGAAGAAAAAAAAAUCAACAACAAAAGACCUCUGCUGCCUUCUUAACGCCUGCGCCCCCCUUUUCCCGCCUCCCUGUCUGUCAUUUCGGACGGUUUUCAGCGGCACACCGCCCCUGGCCCGGAGGAAUGUAGCGGCUUUAAAAAUAGCAUCCUCUCCUCUGACAGCGCUGCUCCGGAGGCUCCGCGGCGGCACUCUGCUGGGAGAAGCAGGAAUGCGAAGAUGGCUGCAGACCUGGGAGAGCUGCUGGUCCCUUACAUGCCCACCAUCAGAGUCCCGAAAACAGGAGACAGGGUUUUCAAGAGCGAGUGCGCCUUCUCCUUCGACUCUCCGGAGUCUGAGGGAGGCCUGUAUGUGUGCAUGAACACAUUCCUGGGCUUCGGACGUGAGCACGUGGAGAGACAUUAUCGCAAAACAGGACAGAGCGUUUACAUGCACCUCAAACGGCACGUCAAAGAGAAAGCCACAGGCGCAGCAGGAGGUGCUAUCCCCAGAAGAAAAAAUGGAAAAGUGUUCCUAGAUUUAGAGCUAAACCGUGAUUUUAAUGGAGACGACUAUGAAUACGAAGAUGAGGCCAAGAUCGUCAUUUUUCCAGACCACUUUGAGAUUCCUUUACCAAAUAUCGAGGAGUUGCCCGCUCUGGUGACCAUCGCCUGUGACGCAGUACUCAACGCACCAUCAGCUUACAARAAACAGGAGCCUGAGUCCUGGGAGGAGGAGAUCCAGGUCUCCAGGCACGCCAGAAGCCUCAGACAGCUGGACAACGGGGUUCGAAUUCCACCCAAUGGCUGGAAGUGUCAGAAAUGUGAGAUGAAAGAGAACCUGUGGCUGAACCUGACCGAUGGGUCGGUGCUCUGUGGGAAGUGGUUCUUCGACGGGAGCGGAGGGAACGGCCAUGCCCUGGAGCACUACAGAGAGACCAACWACCCCCUGGCUGUGAAACUGGACACCAUCACCCCAGACGGAGCAGAUGUUUAUUCAUUUGAGGAGGAAGAAGCUGUGUUGGACCCUCACAUAUCAGAGCACUUGUCACACUUUGGAAUAGACAUGCUACAGAUGCAGAAAAGAACAGAAAAUGGGCACCACACAGACAAUAACUCCCGGCCACGGGUCAGUGAAUGGGAGGUGAUCCAGGAGUCCGGUAUGAAGCUGAAAGCAGUGUUUGGUUCUGGUUUCACGGGCAUCAAGAAUCUGGGCAACAACUGCUACCUGAGCACAGUACUCCAAGUCCUCUUCAGCAUCCCRGACUUCCAGAGGAUGGCUAAACUGGGACACGGGCUGCUCUCAGGCCAGUACUCCAAACCACCCAUGAAAUCUGAGCUUAUUGAACAGGUGAUGAAAGAAGAACACAAAGUAUUAAACGGGCACCAGCAGAGGGGCAUCUCUCCUCGAAUGUUCAAAGCCCUGGUUAGCAGGGGACACCCAGAGUUUUCCUCCAACAGACAACAAGAUGCCCACGAGUUCCUCCUGCACCUCAUCAACCUGGUGGAGAGGAACAGUGCCGGCUCGGAGAAUCCAAGCGAUGUUUUCCGCUUCCUGGUGGAGGAGAGAGUUCAGUGCUGUCAGACACGUCGGGUUCGUUACACUCAGAGGGUUGACUACUGCAUCCAGCUGCCAGCUCCCAUCGAGGCAGCCACCAAUCGAGAGGAGCUGCUGGCUUAUGAAGUCAAGAGAAAAGAAGCUGAGGAGAACAUGCGGGCUCUCCCAGAACCGGUGCGAGCACGCAUCCCUUUCACUGCAUGUCUGCAGGCUUUCACAGAACCAGAAAAUGUCCCAGACUUCUGGAGCUCAGCGCUGCAGGCCAAGUCAGCUGGAGUCAAAACGUGCCGUUUUGCCUCGUUCCCAGAGUAUCUGAUUGUGCAGAUAAAGAAAUUCACGUUUGGUGUUGACUGGGUUCCAAAGAAACUCGACUUGGCCAUCGAUGUUCCAGACUUUCUGGAUUUAAGCCGUCUCCGAGCCACAGGGCUGCAGGCAGGUGAAGAGGAGCUGCCUGAUCUCAUGCCUCCUAUUGUGUUGCCYGAAGACAUCAGAGAUAACUCCAUGAGCUCAACAGACUCUCCGGAGAUCGAUGAGGCAGCAGUUAUGCAGCUGGCAGAGAUGGGCUUUCCACUGGAGGCCUGCAGAAAGGCGGUGUAUUACACCGGCAACAUGGGCCCGGAGAUGGCAUUCAACUGGAUCAUAGCCCACAUGGAGGAGCCUGACUUUGCAGAACCACUCACUCUGCCCUCCAUGAUGGACUCUGCUCCCCCCACAAGUGACAGCACAUUGGGGGCCACUUCACUGGGAAACGCGCCCCCAGAGGAGAGCGUCGCCAUCCUCACGUCAAUGGGCUUCCCUCGCUCUCACAGCAUCAACGCACUCAAAGCCACAAACAAUAAUCUGGAACGAGCACUCGACUGGAUCUUCACCCACCCAGAGGAGGAGGAGAGCGACGCCCUUUCAGAUAUGGCCGACACAGAGCCCAACGACAACCCCUUCUCCAACACCAACUCUCACAGCGACUCCACACUGUCUCCAGACCGAGACCUGUCAGGCCCCCGAGUCAAAGACGGCCCGGGACGAUAUGAACUGUUUGCCUUCAUCAGUCACAUGGGAGCAUCUACAAUGUCUGGACAUUAUGUUUGUCACAUCAAAAAGGAAGGAAGGUGGGUGAUCUACAACGACCACAAAGUGUGUUUGUCAGAAAGGCCUCCAAAAGACUUGGGCUACAUCUACUUUUACCACCGACUUUCUAGCAGUUAAAGUCGCACCCCCCUCUCCUCCUCCCCACACCCCCAUCCCUGCAGUUUUUAAACAAUCGGUCUUUCUCCUAGAGGACUGACUGACCGACAAAUGUAACAACAGUGAAAAUGAUGGAAGAAACCUCACAGACCAGCUGCUUGCCUUAUCAAGAUCUCAAACAGGAGCAACCAAGAACUCUGGUCAGAAAAAGGGGAAAGCGAUUUGCUUCAUGUGCGUUAGUUGUUAUUGCUUUAAAUGUAUAUUUCAGUGUUUAUCCAAAAAAGAACAUGUGUAGGUACUGAGGGA